CGCAAAACAUUAAUAAGACCUACCUAGUUUACUUCUGAACUUAAGUUCAAAGUAAAAAAAGACCCGAUUCGCGAGUGAGAUUACAACAUUUCUGCGACGAUGCUGGCGUAAGAAAUCAUAGAUUAGAAGGGUUUGAAGAAAUGGAGUUGGGAAGCAGAAAUGACAUGGAAUCGGAGGAACAAGGGUUGUCAGAAGGCAGUGAACAUCAGCAUGAUCAGGAAUGCGAUGACGACAGUGUCUUGGAAAUGGCCACAGCUUUUGCCGACUUCCAUCCCACAGAUGACAGCCAGCUUGGCUUGCAAUUAGGUGACAAGGUGGCCAUAAUAUCAAAGAACAGUGCUGAUUGGUGGUGGGCCCGCAAAGGGGAGCUCACUGGCUACGUCCCGACCAAUCACAUUACUUCUCACUCAGAUGAAGGGGGUGGUUGGCAAGAUGGUGAAUACUUUGGUAGUUACAACACAAUGAAAUUACAUCUUGAGAUGCUACAAGACAAACCCAGAAACACGGCGUACUUUACAGCCAUCCAGCAGAACCAACAUCGCAUUCAAGAUAAGGUUGUUUUGGAUGUUGGUUGUGGGACAGGCAUUCUCAGCAUGUCUGCAGUAAAGCAUGGCAAAGCUGCCAAGGUUUUUGCAGUGGAAGCGAGCGAGUUUGCCAAACAAACGCAAGCCCUGAUUGAGGCCAACGGAAUGGCAGAUUCAAUUCAUGUACUGGAGGGCAAAGUGGAAUCCAUGAAGCUACCAGAACAAGUGGAUUUGAUCAUAUCGGAAUGGAUGGGAACAUUCUUGCUGUUUGAAUGGAUGAUCGAGUCAGUCAUCUUGGCCCGCGACCGAUGGUUGAAGGAAGAUGGCGUCAUAUGGCCGUCCCAUGCCACGCUGUACCUCGUGCCUUGCUCCGCGGAGGAGCUCUACCAGACUAAAGUCGGAUUCUGGGAAUCCGUCCAUGGCUUCGACUUUUCAGCAUUAAUGCCACUUGCCAAAGAAGAAUUCUUCCACACGCCGUUGUACAAUCACGUCAUGAAGACAGAGGAUUGCUUAUCACUGCCUCAGAAAAUAUUACAACUCGACAUGAAAACAGUCACUGGCAGCGAACUGGAGGAGACCACGCAUCACUUCGAGUACACACUCAACAAGGCUGGUACCCUUCACGGUUUUGCUGCUUGGUUCCAAGUGGACUUUGCUGGCUUCCAUGGUGAUGCCUCUGAGCCGUUCGUCUUCCUCAAUACUGGUCCAGACUAUCCACUAACACACUGGAAGCAAACAUUGUUCAUGAUGGAUAGCCCAAUCACCGUAGAUCAAGGAGACACACUCGACGGAACAGUGACUAUAGAAAGGAACAAAGUCUGGCGUCGCCAUUUGCGAGUAAACUUGGAGUACAGCUUUACAUCCAUCACGACUAAAGAUAUUAAGGUUUUCACAAAGCUGUUUCCUAUAUGGAGGUAACAUUGGUGUUUUUAUCGUCCAGAUAAUGUCUUCACGGUUGAAGGAUCAACAGUAGAUUCAGUGUGCUAUCAUCCAGUUAUAUCUUAAUAACUUCAAUUCAGAUGGUAUUUUGGUUAUGACAAUUCCUCUCACGAGAUUCUACAAUCAUUUCAUGCAUACGAUCAAGAUUUGCACAAAAUAUUUCACGAAUGGAAAGAAACUUCAAGUAAAGUAUUAUUUUCCAAUUAAGGUAAGUGCAAUGAGAACAAAAAUUGUGCAGAUAAUUUGUAUAAAUCUGUAACAAAUGUCAUCUCUGUUAAUUUUGUUUAAUGCGCACAAUAAGAAUUUCUGGACAUUCCUAUUGGAAAAAGAUGAACUAAAAAAUGAUGAAAGUUUAUUUUUAUAUUUUUUGUUUGGAUUCCCAAAUGAUGAAUUGCAUGUUGAAAAUGUACUUAAAAACCAAUCCAUUUUUGCAAUCAAUUAGACAAAUGUUCCUGAACGUACACGGAAAAAGAAUAUUUUAUUCUGAAAAAUGAACCGACUGCACACCUUUCAGUACAAAUGGUUUAUACAUGUAUUAUUAUACACUAGUGGACGGUAUCAUGGGAAGUAAUUUUAGUUACUUAAAACACUGGUAAUAUUUUACAAAACCCAAAACCCAAACUUUCAUUGUAUUUAAAUUCCUAAUGUGCAAGAAACCAUUACCUUCAAUUAUGAAACAUAAUAUGCAGAGUCUGCAUAUAUGUGAAACAAAUUUUAUCGCCUUCAUAUUUGAACACAUGUUGAAUUGGUUUUAAUAAAGCGGCAUUUUGUACUCGAUUUUCAUGUACUUAUCAAGCAUUUGAAAAAUGAAUGAUAUUCUGUACAUGUAACCAAUUACUCUACAAAUCUCAAUCAGUGUUGAAGAGCUAUUAAACAAUCCUUUUGUAACUGCAAGGAACAUAAUUUAUAACUAAACCAUUUUUUUUACAGCUGUUUUUAAGAGCAUAUAUACAUGGACAUGGACGUCAUUCUGUUGUAUUUCCACUGGAAUCUCUGUGCUAUGCAAAAUUAAAGAAAUUUUUCACGCAAGAACUGUCUGAAAAAUAGUGUACUUUUUGGAUUGGAAGCAAUUAUUUGGAAUAAAUUAUCAUAAGAUCCUUAGCAAGUGUAACUAUA